GUUUUAACACACAGGCUAAUUGAGGGGUGUUUUUAUCCGAGUCUGCUUGAUUCUUUCAACACCGUGUACCGUCACCGUGCAUGCAUAGCGGGACCCUGUGAUUCAGUCAGCGUAUUGGCAGUGGGCUCACUUGAUUGCAGAUCUGAGAUAUGUGUGCGUGCCGCAACAAGAGGUCAUUCGGAACGCGGCUGGUGGAGAAACACGCACAGCUUGUUGGAAUCCGCGCCCAUAGCCAAUAUUCGCUCUUUCCUAUCCGUGACAGAGGCUGCAAAAAUGACGAUCAAAAAAAGUAAAACCGUCGUUUUUGAAAGACGUGCAGGGGAUUUAACUGCGUUGUAUUGUAUGAAUGAUUGGAUGAUUGCAGUGGUGUUGGCUAUUAUUACCAUGAUGUCUGUAUGGGCCGCACUCAUCAUAUACAGAUACAUACAGACAGAGAGAGGUAAAAGAAGAAGGAAGGUUGAUGACGACACUAUUUUGGAAACUGAAAAGGACGACAAUGAGACGCGAAACGAAGAAGAACAAAUACUAUCCCGUGUCGAGUCAACAGAGGAGGGUGAAGAAGUCGUGCCAGAGACACUGGAGAGCUGGGAUGGAGAGGAAUGGAGGAGAGAGCCAAUGGAAUGGAUUCCAACAACCAAUGAGGAUGUAGAACCCAUUGAGGGGAUCCCAACCACCAAUAAGGAUGUAGAACCCAUUGAGGGGAUCUCAGCAACAACCAAUGAAGGUGUAGAACCCAUUGAGGGGAUCCCAACAAUAACCAAUGAGGAUGUAGAACCCAUUGAGGGGAUCUCAGCAACAACCAAUGAAGGUGUAGAACCCGUUGAGGGGAUCCCAACAAUAACCAAUGAGGAUGUAGAACCCAUUGAGGGGAUGCCAACCACCAAUGAAGGUGUAGAACCCAUUGAGGGGAUCCCAACCACCAAUGAAGGUGUAGAACCCAUUGAGGGGAUCCCAACAAUAACCAUUGAUGAUAUAGAACCCAUUACAAGGAUCCGAACAACAACCAAUGAAGAUUUAGAACCCAUUAAACAGAUCCGAGCACGGACCAAUGAGGAUCUACAACCCAUUAGACGCAUCCGAACACUAACCAAUGAGGAUCUAGAACCCAUUAGACGCAUCCGAACACUAACCAAUGAGGAUCUAGAACCAAUUAGAUGGAUCCGAACAGCAACCAAUGAGGAUCUAGAACCAAUUAGACGGAUCCGAACAGCAACCAAUGAGGAUCUACAACCCAUUAGACGGAUCCGAACAACAACCAAUGAGAGCGAUGGUCCUUACACGUGGGAGUCAUAUGCUGAGUGGCAGAUCGUUGAGGAGUUUCACCUCGGCUCUCAACCUCAACAGCACUGUGAAGGCAUAUGUCAGCACUAUGACGGCUUAUGUCAGGUCUGUGGAGGCUUGUGUCAUUGCAGUGAAUGCUUAUGUCAGUUCUACGAAGGCUUAUGUCAGGACGACGCCGAGUCCCAGACUGACUGUACCGUGGAUCAAGAGGAGCAGGCUUCUACCAGUCACUAUUCCCUCAGUGACAUAAACUAUCAAUCUGGACAUGAGAAGGAUACAGAUGUGUAUAACCAGGACGAGGAGGGUUUGAAGGAAGUUGAACUGAGUGAUGAUUGUCAAUGUGAGAGCACAGAGGAGGAGUCCGAGGUAAACCAUCCACAUGCCUUUGCCAUCAAGCCUCAGAGAGAUCUGGAAGAGCUCAAUGGAAAUCUCCCUGACAUGAUAUUGACUGACUCUGACCUUACAGAACCUGACCAUGUGUGUUAUACAGAGAUACAGGAAGUACAAUACCCAGAUGAUGACAUGACCAGCCAUGUUGCCGCUGAGAUGAUAUUGAGUGGCACUGACCCUACAGAACCCCUGCCUAAACAUCUGUGUGAUACGGAUAAAGAGGAAGUUGAAUGUCCAGAACAUUAUAUGAACAUCCACGUUAACAUCACGCCUCAAGAAAAGAGGCCUGACGUGAUAUUGACCAACACUGACCUUACGGAACCUCGGCCUGAACAUGUGUGUGAUACAGAGAUACAGGAAGUAGAAUACCCCGAUGAUGACAUGACCAGCCAUGUUGUCUUUUCCAACGAGCCUCAGGAAGAGAGGCCGGAGAUGACAUUGACUGACACUGAACAUGUGUCGGAUAAAGAGAGAGAGGAAGUAGAAUAUCCGGAUGAUGAUAGACACAGCCAUGUUGCUUUUGCCAAAGUCCAGGAAAGUGUAAAUCUCCCUGAGAUAGAACCGGAACAUGUGUAUGAGGUGGAGAGAGAGGAAGUGGGAGUAGAAUAUCCAGAUGAGGUAAUCACUGAAGGUCCAGAACAUCUCAGUGAAAACAUCCCAGAGAUUUUGAGUGACACUGACCUCCAAGAACCUGGCAAUUUAUGUGAAGAAGAAAUACAGGAAGUAGAAUGUACAAGUGAUUAUAUGGACAGCCAGGUUUCCUUUGUCAGCGACACUCAGGAAUCAGAACAUCCCAAUGAAUAUCUACCUGACAUGAUAUUGACUGACACCAAGACUAAAGAACUUGACCAUGUGUGUGAUACAGAGAUACAGGAUGUAGAAUGCCCAGACGUUGAGGCAAACAAUCAUGUUACCUUUGACAAUGAGCCUCAGGAUGAAAAUCUCCCCGAGGUGGCUUUGAGUGACACUGGCCAUGUGUGUGAUUCAGAGAUACAGGAAGUAGAAUACCCAGGUGCAGACAUGACCAGCCAUGUGCCGUCAGUCUCUGAGAGGACAGUAGAAGACGAUAUGAAAGAAGCUAUGGUAGAGGAUCUUGACAUGGAAGCUAUGGUAGAGGAUCUUUGGAGGAAGGACUGUCUACUUCAUGACUAUGUCAUUGAUGGGUUGAGCCAGCCAACUGAUGUUAGAGACACCCAUGUGGCUGAGAGGAAAGGAGACAUCGUUGAUAAUAACAGCAAGGACACACGUGUAGAGAGGAGAAGAAAAGACAGAGUGAUGAUACACGGAUAGAGGAGAGUU